AUGAAGGGAACAAUUCUUCUGCUGGGCUUGCUGGUGACUGGAGAGCUGAGCUUCCAGACAAGUGAGACGUGUGCUCCUUUCUUCGAAGUUUAUGCACAUGUUGUCUCUGGAAGUAGGGUGUGAAUGUAUCAAGAACUCUAGGCAUUUAAUGCUACUUCAGAGGAAAAGGGGGCCUUUGAAAAAAUCCAGGGCUGCUACAGAGAGAAAAGAUUAAGAAACAUAUUUCUGGAACCCAAAAUUAUGGAAGUCAUGCUCACCAGGCCAAAAUGCCAGGCACACUAUAGAAUGGACACCUUAAGAUCAUUUUUAGACCCUCUCUCCAAGCUAUUAGGACAAUAG